UCUGAAGGAGCCUACCCCUGGCUCGUCCGAUUCCUGGCCCCCUCUCUCCUGCCGGGAGUUUUCCAGACCCUGCUGACAUCCCCCACAGCCCCAGGCGGCGUUGGGACGAGGAGUCAUGAUGGUUUCCUUCUGCUGGCUGAAGUCGGCCCUCAACGUCUCGGCCGGCGAGGGCGCCACCAACGUGAGCUGGAGCGGGGAGGCCGAGUCCCACCGGCAGCACACCCGCAUCAUCUCCACCCUCCUGAUCCUGACCUCGGUGGUGGGGGCCCCGCUCAACGGCCUGGCCCUCUGGGUGCUGGGCUUCAGGGUGCGGCGCAAGAACCGCUUCGUCGUCUACGUGGUCAACCUGCUGGCCUCCGACUUCCUCUUCCUCUUCUUCCAGGCCGUGCACAGCGUGUGCCGCUUCGCCGGGGUCGGCGGCGCCAGCCGCUUCCUGCUGUCUUUCCGCUGCGUCAUUGUGGCCUGCAACGAGGCCAGCGCCUACCUGCUGACCUGGAUCAGCGUCGAGCGCUUCCUGGGCGUGGCCUUCCCCAUCUGGUGGCGCGUCUCGCGGACCAAGGACUCGGCGGUGCUCGCCUCCUGGCUCAUCUGGGGCCUGUCGAUCGGCCUAGCCACCCUCUACGGCGUCAUCCGGGCCACUGACAUCCAGCCGGCGGCCAAGGAGGGCCUGGUUGCCAUGGAGUUCGCCCUGGCCUUUUUGGCUCCCUUCCUGGUCUUCACACUCGCCAACGUCCUCAUCCUCUGCGGCUCCAAGCGCAGCUCGCGCAAGACCACCAAGCUCUACCGGGCCAUCACCCUCAACGCUGUCAUCUUCCUGAUGUGCUGGGUGCCCUACCACACCUGCGUCUUCCUCCACUACCAGGCUCUCUCCGCCAGGAGGCCAGCACUCUGCGUCUCAGCCUACUACGGAGCCUACUACUCCGUCUGCCUCCUGCACAUCAAGAGCUGCGUCAUCCCCCUCAUCUACAUCUCCAUCAGCAACGAGCUGAAGGUCAAGUUCCGCGAGUCCCUGCCCAGCAUCUUCGAGCGGCGGUUCAGCGAGGAGUCGGGCCUGUCUUCCCCGGUGCCUGACAACGAGGCCACCGUCAGGAGCGAGCGGAACAGCGCCCAGAAAUAGCCGCGGCUCGGCUGGUUCUGCUGCAGUUCGCCACCGCCCCUCGCCACCGGUGACACACCGCCUCCACCUCCCACCCACCACCCCGCCCCAACCACUCCUCCCCACCAUCCCUCCUCGUCCUGUCCUUAACCCAAAAUUUGGCACAAAGAAACAGGAGGAAGCCCCAUUCAGCCCCUCCUCCCUCCUCGAGCCUGUUACACAGGGACAGGAGGAGGCCCCAUUCAGCCCCCUGAAUCCUGUUCCAACAUUCAGGGAGACCAUUUCUGAUCCUAUCUCGAUUAAGGCUCCUUGUCCGCACGUACUUUUCUCUGCUAAGAUGCAGCACCCAAACUGUACACAGUAACUGCCAGUGAGAUACGGUGAACAGAGCUGUGCCCAGUAACUUAGUGCUGACGCUGCCUCAGUACUGACCCUCCGACAGUGCGGCACUCCCUCAGUACUGACCCUCCGACAGUGCGGCACUCCCUCAGUACUGACCCUCCGACAGUGUGGCACUCCCUCAGUACUGACCCUCCGACAG